GAGAUUCUGCACAUCCCCCGGGCGGACUACUAUCGUGAUAUUGCAGAGGAGGGCAUGAGGGAGAUCCGAAAUAGGUAUGCUGUGCUGGCCGAUUGGUUCCCUGACUCAUGUGAGAUCGUCUUCUGCGGGCAGAUCGCGGAGGCGCAGAGUGCAGCGCAGUUCGCAAGGUCCAAGCUCAGCCGCCUGGUGGGGCAGAUCGAGAUUCCGGCCAAUCUCGUUAAAAGCUUCGAGGAGGAGCAUGGAUUAAAGCAUCGGCUCUUGAGCGCUA